AUGACGACCCGUGAACUACGGAUUCGCAUACAGGAACAUCAGAAGGACAUCCGGGCGGCAGCCAAGAUAGGGGAUGAAGAUAGGGACAAACUUUUAAAGUUAAAACAGAUUGCCAGACAUUUUCGUCAGAAACAUAACAACUGCUGGCAGGAAUUCAGGGGGAUAGACAAGAUCUCCCUGGGUGCGCGAGGUGGAAAUCUGUUUAGACGGUUGGAGCAGAUUGAAAGCAAGUGGAUUGUAAAAUUGAAUACGCAAGUGCCACAUGGCUUAAAUGACAAGAUUCCAUUUGCUUCGUUUCUACCAGGAAGUGGAGAGCAGUGGGUACUGGGGCAGUUACUGGAACAGCAAUGGUGGAGGAUCGGAAAUGAGAAAGUCUUCCUGCGUGAGAAGCACUUUAUUGAUCACAUACUUCAAGGAACUAGUCUGAGACCAAGAGAUCUCAGCUCCAGCACCAGAAUGUCUCUUAUCACAUCCGCGCUGAUCUGCUUUGCUGCAUCAAUUUUGGCCUUCCCUGCCAAGCAAAAAGAAGGCCUGGAACUUGCAAAGAAUGUUAAAACCUCUGAAGCAUCUGCUGCCACUGGAAGGAUCAUCAGGCCUGUUCCAGAUCCAAAACCAUUUGUCUAUCUGAAGAAAAAAAUUGAAAUGGAUCCAGAUAUUACGUUAAACCAAACUAAACGUGAUGCUGUCCAGGAGUCACAAAUACGUGUAUGGAAAAACACCAGCCUAACAUACAGAAUUGUAAACUUCACGCCUGACCUUCCUAAAGCUGAUGUGGUUUCUGCCAUCAAAAGAGCUUUCAAAAUCUGGAGCGAUGUGACCCCAUUGACCUUCAAAAGGGUCCCGAAAGGAAUAAGUGAUAUUGAAAUAGAAUUUGUCACUGGAGAUCACAAGGACAACUCCCCAUUUAAUGACACUGAUGAGCAGUUGGCCCAUGCGUUUGGACCCGGUCCUGAUAUUGGUGGGAACAUCCAUAUAAACGAUGCUAAUAACUUUACUACAACUAACCAGCGAUACAACUUGUUUCUGAUGGUUGCUCAUGAAAUUGGACAUUCUCUUGGUUUAAGCCAUUCUGGUACUUACGGAGAUCUAAUGUAUGGAGAAUACCAGAACACUGAUGCCUCAGACUUCCUUCUUCCACAAAACGACAUAAACGCAAUACAGCUUCUCUAUGGUCCUUCUCCAGAUCGUACAGUUCAGCUGACCGGUCCGACAACCCCAUCUAUUUGUGAUAACAGCACUGUGAUUGAUGCUGUCACUACUCUUCGCCAGGAUCUCUUUUACUUCACACAGAGAUUUGUAUUACGAAAAGUUUCUGAAAUGGAACAAGUGGAACUAGAAUUCAUCCAGACUUUUUGGCCGUUCCUUCCGAAUAAUGUUGAUGCCGCCUAUGAAAACCCUUAUAUGGAUAGUGUUAUUGUUUUCAAAGGAACCAAAUUCUGGAGUUUUUCUGAGUUAAAUGUUCAAAAGGAAGGCAGUAUCUAUGAAUUUGGGUUCCCCAAGAGCGUCAAGUCAAUUCACGCAGCAGCCUAUGUUCAAGACAAGGACAAAACGUACUUCUUUGUGAAUGAUAAGUACUGGAGAUUUGAUGAAGAUACCCAGGUUAUGGAUAAAGGAUUCCCCAGGAAUAUAGAAGAUGAUUUCCCAGGAAUUCAACCAAGAAUCAAUGGCGCUGUGUUCUACAAAGGUGGAUUGCACUUGUUUAAAGACCAUCUGCAAUAUGAGUUCUGUCUGGAUACAAGGAGAAUUAAGCAGGUCGCAAGUAUUACCAGCUGGAUGGGAUGCAAAUGA